AUGGCCUCCCAAAAUCACGAAAAUAAUAUGUCGGUUGAUAAUGAAUUAGAAGGAAGUACUUCUCAACAUACUAAAAAUACUUCUUCUGAUGACGAUAGCCAUCCUAAUGGAAAAUGCGGGCAUGUUAGUAAAGAAACAGUAAAAGCGAACAAAGUUGAUAAAAAAGUGAAAAAUACAUUUUUAGAGAUCAAUUGUAUGACUUGCAAGGAUAAUAACGAAACCCCUUCAACGUCUACGACAGAUUCGAAUGAUGCCGUAUCACCGCCUGUUAAUAUUUGGAUAUGUCUUACUUGUGCUGAAAUGCAUUGUGGCCGCGACAUCAAAGGGCAUGCAAUUCAACAUUUUAAAGACAAGGACCAUCCCAUAUCACUCAAUAUGGAAACUCUUCAAACUUGGUGUUAUGAAUGUGACGAUGAAAUUACUCCUUCAACCAAAAAUAAUCAAAUUUUAUCCCAAGUACAGGCCGCUAUUCGAAAACAUUUAAAGAAAGACGAGGAAGAUAGUAAAGCAAUAGAACCUUAUGAUUAUGAAAAACCAAAAAGAAAGUGGCAAUAUGAAAUUACCGCGCCAGGGUUGAGCAAUCUCGGAAAUACUUGUUUUUUCAACUCCGUCAUGCAGGUUGUUGUUGGUACUUCCGUGCUUCAUGAUGUACUUACACCGUCAGAUCCCUAUAAUGAUCCGCCGCAUAUUGAUGCUACAAAAUGCAUAGCGGCUAAAGAAGAUACUGAGAAUGAUGCCGGUCCUCUUACUAAUGCUUUUAAAGAAUUUCUUCGUGAUAUGUGGCGAACGCGUGAAGAUACAAUCGCACCAAGAGAAUUAUUUAAUCAAAUUUCUAAGAAAUGGCAACAAUUUCGUGGAUGGAGACAACAAGAUAGUCAAGAACUUAUGCGCUUUUUAUUUGAUGGAAUAAAAAGUGAAGAAAUUGAGCUUAUAAGGAAAUUACGAUUGCAGUCUCAAGACCCUCAAGAUGAAGAUGAGGAAAGAAUGGAUGAUGAUAGUGAAGAGGAGGAAGAUUUAGAAAGUAAUGAAGAUGAUACGAAAAAGGAAGUUAGCGAAAAAUAUGAAUCUUUUAUCGAUGCUUGCUUUGGUGGAAAACUAGUCAGCGUCAUUGUAUGUGACGUAUGCAAAAAUUGUUCGUAUUCAUACGAAGACUUUUUGGAUGUUUCAUUGCCAAUUAAAUCAUCGCCUGAUUCAAAGAACUCAUAUGGGUUUGAAUAUAACAGUAUAUAUCAUAAUACAUCAUAUUCAUUUAAUAAUGAUACAUUUAAAAAAAAUAAUGAGGGCAGUCCGUCCCAGACUCAGAGUGAGGAUGGCUCAGAAAAUGAAGAUGAGAAGUCUAAUGAGGAAGAAAGUUCUGAUACCGAGAUAGAAGAAGGAAUUCCGGUUCCUACUAAAGAGGAAAGAGAGAGAAUUAAAUUGCUUUUAAGAGAUCUUCCAUCGGAUUCAGGACGAUCAACUCCGAACUCAUCAAAGGAACCUGUAACACUCCGAGAUUGUUUAAAAAGUUUUGUGAAGGUUGAAACCCUAGAAAAUGACAAUAGCUUUGCUUGUGACAAUUGCUGGAAACUCAAGGAAGUAUACGAUAAACAGAUGAGAGAAAACGAAAUAAGAGAAAACGAAUUAAGAAGAGAAAACGAAUUAAGAGAAAGAGAAUUAAGAGAAAGAGAAUUAAGGGAAAGAGAAUUAAGAGAAGAAGAAUUAAGAGAAAAAGAAUUAAAAGACAAAGAAUUAACUUCUGAAGAAAUUGACACUGAUGAGAAUCUAUUAGAUGAUUCAAAAAAUACUGAAUCUGAAGGAAAUGGAGUACAUACUCAAGAUACAGAAGAUACUCAAGAAGUCAUGGAAGAUAUACAAUACACGGGAAGAAAUGAUAUAAAUAACCUACGUAAUAAUGUAUCUAAUGAUUCUCCUCCAUCAGAAUCUGAUAGUUCAAGAAUAGAUAAUGAAAAUUCAUCAGACGCAAAUGAUAUCAAUUCUUCUUUUAAUAAUAAUAAUUCGUACACAUAUACGAACUCUUUGUCAACUAAAAGUUCCAAGCCAGAACGAACGUAUAUUCUUCGCAAAGCUUAUAAAAGAUAUCUUUUUGAUUCUUUACCCCCUGUGUUGGUCUUUCAUCUUAAAAGGUUUCAACAAGUUGGAGGUAGAUGGUCAGUUAGUAUGAAAAAGAUUGAUGAUUUUGUAGCUUUUGAUGAAGAAUUGGAUGUCGGUGAUUUCGUUGUUCCACCUGAAAUUGAAAAGAAAAAUGAAAAUGGAAUUAACAACGGACAUAUAAUUGAUGAUGGUAAUAAUACACACUCAUUAUUGAAACAAAAUAAAAAACAUACCAAGUAUCGACUUUAUGGUGUGGUAGUACAUCUUGGAAGUUUAUAUAAUGGACAUUAUAUAGCGUAUGUACUUUCAAGGAAUAUUCGUGAAGGAGAUCAUUAUGGUUUUAGUUUUUCUUCUGAUACUUUAAAAAAAGUAGAUCGGAUUGAACGACAAAAGCAUAAAACAGGUAGUGAAAGGCAAUGGAUCUAUUGUAGCGAUAGUUCUGUAAGAGCUGCUAAUGUUGAUGAAGUACUUAAAAGUGGUGCAUAUUUAUUAUUUUAUGAGCGUGUAUAUGAAUGA